CCAAGACUGAGCCAAUAGGAGAAGAAAAGAGGCGAAGCAAAAAUUUGGGAAAGAGUUCUGGUCUCCUGUAUUAUGGGACUGCAACUUGUGGAGUGAAACACUGUGCUGCUUUCAUCAGUAAGAACAAUAUAAAAGAUAUUAAGACUGUAAAGUAGACUGAUCCACUGCAGAAGCAUCACUUAGGGCUGAGCUGUGAAAGUAAACAAUAACACAUCUCAAUCACGUUGGACGUCUUCUCCUGACCCAUGGAGUAGUACCAGGAAAACGAGCUCAGGAGGCAGAUCUACCCUGCAGCAAAGGAUACAGAAGAAGGCUCUCCUUCAAGUGUGUUUUUAUGCCUGUUAUUGAGGAAGGAUUUUGGGAUUCAUUCUGCUGACGGGGGAAGUCGCUCCGAUGGCCGCCCCGGGAGUUCGGGCACCAUGGCUCACUCUGGGUCUUGAGGUUGUGCUGGUGGUGCUGGUUGCCAGGGUUUCCGGACAAGGCCAAGACGGAGGGGAAGCCGGGCCGUCCUGCUACGGGGGAUUCGACCUCUACUUCGUCCUGGACAAGUCGGGAAGCGUGCAGCACCACUGGAAUGAGAUAUACUACUUUGUUGACCAUCUGGCUCACAAGUUCAUCAGUCCGCAGCUACGGAUGUCCUUCAUUGUGUUCUCGACCCAGGGUCGGAUUCUCAUGAAGCUCACAGAGGACAGGGAAAAGAUUCGAGCUGGUCUGGAGGAGCUCCAGAGGGUUCAACCGGGAGGAGAUACCUUCAUGCACAAGGGUUUCAGGAGGGCCAGUGAGCAGAUCUACUAUGGGAACGCAGAUGGUUACCGCACCGCCAGUGUCAUCAUCGCCCUGACGGAUGGGGAGCUCCGCGAGGAUGAGUUCGAUCUGGCCGAGAGGGAGGCCAGCCGUUCCCGCAGCCUGGGGGCCUCCGUGUUCUGUGUGGGGGUGAAGGAUUUCAACGAAACGCAGCUGGCCACGAUCGCAGACAGUAGAGAUCACGUCUUCCCAGUGAACGACGGUUUUGAGGCCUUACAGGGAGUCAUCAAUUCGAUCCUGAAGAGAUCCUGUAUUGAGAUUUUGUCAGCGGAACCUUCUAGUAUUUGUGCAGGAGAGCUCUUCCAGGUGGUGGUCAAAGGGAAUGGAUUCCUGCAUGCCCACGAUGUGGACAGUGUGCUGUGCAGCUUCCGCAUCAACGACACCUACACUGUCAUGAAGAGACCUAUGGUGGUGAGGGACACCUACCUCCUAUGUCCCACUCCAGUGCUGCAGGAGGUCGGAUCGGCAGCCUCACUCUACGUCAGCAUGAAUAACGGCUUGAGCUUCAUCUCAAGCUCUGUCACCAUCACCACCGUCAGCUGUUCAGAUGGGACGAUCCUAGCCAUCGCCCUGCUCAUCCUGAUGCUCCUCCUUAUCAUGGCCCUACUCUGGUGGUUCUGGCCCCUGUGCUGCACCGUGAUCAUACAUGAGCCUCCAUCCCAUGUUGAAGAAGACAGUUCGGAUGAGGAGGAUGACAGAAUGCCCAAGAAAAAAUGGCCGAUGGUAGACGCCUCCUACUACGGGGGGCGGGGAGUGGGCGGGAUCAAGCGGAUGGAGGUACGCUGGGGAGACAAGGGGUCAACAGAGGAAGGAGCCAAACUGGAGAAAGCCAAGAACGCCCGUGUGACCAUGCCAGAGUGGGAGCCGGAGGAGUUCCUGUGGACACUCAACAAUGGCACACGGAAGCCUCAGACCCCCCGCAAGUGGUACUCCCCUAUCAAGGGGAAGCUGGACUCCCUGUGGACCCUCCUGAGGAGGUGCUAUGAGUGCGUGUCCGUGAUGAGACCCCAGCCCGGAGACAAGGGCCGCUGUAUCAGCUUCAGUCGUGUGAGGUCCAGUCCACCCCCCCGGUACCCACACUACAACCAGCGACCCAACCCCAUCUACAGCGUGCCCUACAGCAACGGCCACCCAGCCCCACGGGCCACACUGCCCCCAGAUCCCUGCGGAUACAGCCCUUCUCCUCCGGCUUCCCCCACCUCUACGCUGCCGCCCCUGCCUACCACACCUCCACCACCCACCAUCACCCCUCCUGCACCCAACCGAGCUCUCCCCCCACCCUCACCAACUGGCAGUUUGCCCCCACCCCCACCCCCGCAGGCUCCUCCUCCAGCCCGGGCUCCACCCCCUGAGCGCCCACCACCCCGCCCCUCUCCUUAGGGGCUCGUUCCCGACUGGGUGGGACAAGGGCUGUGGCUUCAAUACUUGGAAAUUAGCCAAUGAAAGGAAAGCAAAUUCUAAAAGCAUGCUAGAUUGAAUGCUGCCAGCUGUACGUUUAUACAACGAAUCUCUGCCUUCAUGAAAACGUGCCGACCUUGAGAACGAGAGUGGUGGUUAGAUAAAGAAGCUGAAAACAUGGUCUGCAUUAGGGACAGAAACUGCUUGCUCUGCCUGGACAGCCCUGAGAAAGACACACUGUCACACCUGGCGACCCCCUGACUCAUAUCCCAGCAUCCUCCUGGGCCCACAGAGACUAAUGGACCUCCACCUUUCUGUGUGUCCUUCAAACUGUGGGAAACUGUAAUGUUUCUCUAAAGUAAAAGCAGAAUGCUCCUUAAUGGCAUAUCCACUGAGUGAUUCACACUUGUAUCUGGCAAGUCUCCGAAUGCCACUUUUCUUAAGUCUAAAUGGAAAUAUAUAAGAAGGUUAGAGAACAACAAAGAGCAAGAAAGAUUAAAAAAAACAGAUGGAUAGAGGAGCAAUGAGCUUUGGAAAUAGAGCCAAAAGUUUGAUAGAUGAUGAGGUGGUGAAACACCAGGGGUGACGUUUGCUUUGGAGCUUGGGAGCAGACUUGGGGUUUAUUUUUGCUCUUACGAAAAGAAAGCUCUGUCGGCUCUACAAAAAUUACUGUCUACUACUGUCGGCUCUGGAACCUGCCUAUCAGUGUCACUCUGUGCUGUAAGCCAAUCAUAAUGGAUAUUGCAGCCAAGAGGGAGGGACUUCUUGUCACCAGGGCACACAUUCUAUAGUGCAGCACAGAACCGCUGAGAGGCAUUCUGGGAAGGUGGUACUGGAUGGACAAUGGCCACCUGUGAGGCGGGAUCCACUAAGCUGCUGAAGUAGAGACUAACUCAGGGUGGCACAAAAAAUAAAGACCAAGAUGAAGUUUGAUGAAUAUAUCUGUAAAGGACUUUCUCUCAGCAGUUGUUAGUCAGUCAUGACAAUGUUUUUAUAAAGACUGUCAUUCAUUCAUUCAUUCACCUGCCAUUAAACUUAUAAUAUAAUACUGAUACAAUGACACAUAUAUAAGCCAAAGCGUCUCACACACACAAGUCUGUGUGUCUGUGGGGAUUUCCUUUUUGGCUGCUGGCGAUUCCAACAAAAUGAAUAUUUAUUUGAAAAUAGGCACCUUCAGUUUUUUUUAAGCAAGUGAUAAACUUUACCAGGAUGGUCCUAUACCUGUUUUCACAGAUUUAGUAAGAACAUUUUGUCUCAAAAAACAUUUUAAGAACAUUUUUUAUCUCACAAAAGCCAAACACACAUACACACUGUGCAAAUGCAGAUGCUACUUUACUUAUGACUGAGACACGUUCCGAACGGCCGUUCGUAACUUGAAAUGUUCGUAAAUCGUUAUUCAACAUCAUUUUAAGGGUAUACGCAAGUACCAAAAACUAGGAUGCUGGGAGUUCGCACGCUACGCUGCUGCGCGGCGGGAGUAGCGGCCGGAAGUCGUACCAGGCGGAACUGCCGUGCAGAAAAAAUGUCGGACAGGAAACGGGAGCCCAAUGAACAUAAUUUGGACUUACAGUCCUCUUCGUUGGUAUGUCUGAAAGUUCAUAAGUUGAAAGUUUGUAAGUAGAGGAGUGUCUGUACUUUCAAUUUUGCCUGCAUUGCUUGUUUUUUUUGACCAAGAGAUAAAGUAUCACGCAUGUACGUCUCUGA